AUGCGCUGGGCGAGCUCUACCCCUGCCGUCAGAAAUCUCGUCAUCAAACAGCCCAUCGGUGUCGUCGCUGCUCUAUGUCCCUGGAACUUCCCGGCGGCUAAUAUCACCCGCAAGGUUGCGCGCACUGCGUGCACAAUACGACCUCCAGCAAUGGCACCUCAAGCGGCCCGGCUUCCUCGCCCGCCGCUCCCACCACUCGGGCUCCGACUCGGCGACCCAGACCGAGCCCCGCAAAAGCAGCAGCGGGGCAAGGAGAAGCCGGGGCCGUCGUCCCGGACACGCCCAGUGGUCGCCGGCUCCGCGACCAGUCCUAGCCUUGACAGACUCUGGGAGAUGUACGGGGCCCGGACGGUGGAGAUGGGGAUCCGCGGGAAAGAGUGCUUAUUGCGCGCCAAGGAGUGUUUCAAGUGGGCAUGUGCGUGUCUCCCUGGAAACAGCGGAUUUUAUUGA